AACUUCCAAACUAAAGCACACAAUGGAAUUAUUAGCGGUGUUUCUACUGCUUUUACGUUGCUGUUACACAGGUAAACUCUCUCGGCUUAUUUGAUGAAAGUGUAGUUAAACGUCUUCUCAUUUUCAUUUUUUAGAAACAGGUGCAGGAAGUGGUGACAAUCAAUUAUUGCAAGAAACCAGAGGUGAACUAUCACAGAAGGAAGAAGGGACUGUUGAAGCUAGAUUAGGACGAGAUAGUUUUGCUGAUGUCGGAUUUAAUCCACAAACAUUUGCCAUUCUAAACUAUCAGGGUUAUCAGAUUUAUAUUUACAGCGCCAUAUCAAAUGAAAAUGAAAAUAAAUUGGAACCACAGAAAUGGAGUAGUAAUGCUCCAGUUGAAGGUGUCUUCCCCUAUCGUUUUCUACAUCCAAAUACAUUGGCAAUGACAUUUCGAUUUGUCUGUUCAUCAGAAGAAAAUGCACAACAGAUUAUGGAAAAAAUUGUUGAUAGUGAUUAUGAUAUUGAAGUUGCAUAUUACUUUGCAGGAUUGAAACAGUUGUCAACUAAUUUCAUCUCGAUAACAGGUGAUCAAUUGAAGAGUGUCUUAAGUAAGACAACAGCUGACGGCGGUAAUACAAAUGCACAGUACAUUCAUCGAAAUCAAGCAUCAAAAUUCUCUUCUAAUGAUUUGAAUCCUGAUCGUCUAACGUCUGCCCUGAACAAUCUGUUUACCUAUAAUGAAACUGAAACACAACGUCACAACUUUUCCGACACAUAUUUUGAUUUUAAUGAAGCACAUGCACAAUCUUCUUCGGCUUCUGCUUCAGUCGCAGUCAACGUUUUAGGGUUUGGUGGAGGAAGUGUUUCAGCAUCACAUGACCAACAAUCGGCGGAUCAACAGGCAUUGAUCACCAAUGAUGUUUUGUCUGCCACAGAAAUUCAGCAUGUUCUUGAGCAACAAGCAGUUGAUACAGAGUGGACAGGUGAAAAAUGGAUUCCAAAAUCAUUUAGUGUUUAUAAAUUAACAGAUAUUAGCGACAGGUUACAAGUAGCUAUUGUGGCUAAACAGUUGAUUGCUGAGAAGAGCAAUGGUGCAAUGGUGAGAACGAUCAGUACUUUGGAAACACCGUCAGGAACUUAUUCCAACAGUGGUAACAACGGUGUCUUAACUGGUGAAAUUCAUUUAUAUUCAAGCCGUACUCAACCUCCAUUGCCUUGGCUUGUAUGUAACGGUACAGCUGUCUCUCGAGUUGAAUAUAAACGUCUCUUUUCUACUAUCGGGGAAAGUUAUGGUGAAGGUGAUGGGAAAACAACGUUUAACUUACCUGAUUUUCGAGGACGUGUACCAAUCGGUGUUGAUGAGUUCGGAAUCCGUGCCGGUCAUGUGGAUAGUACCGGUUCUUCUGGCGGUCAAGCCAUACAGCAACUGAUCGUUGAACAACUGCCGUCACACAAACAUAGCCAAGGUUCCUUCCGUACGACAGAGUCUGGACAGCAUACACACACCUACGCUGACCCAGGACAUAAUCAUGGAGGGCAGCUAUGGAGCAGUCUGGACGCUGCUUUUGAAAAUGAGUUGACGAACACUCUUAUAGAUGGUAGUAAAACACCAGGCAACAAUGUUAAAUGCGGCAUUUCAACCCAUUGCCCUGAUUCUUCUCAGACUCGAAUACUAAAAUUAAACAUUCAUCGUGACACCACACAUAUUACUAUUAAUGAUAGUGAUUCUCAUACGCACAACAUCGAAGGUGAAUCGGAUUCCGUUGGUUUAGGACAACAGUUCAGUCUCAUGCAACCAUUUCAAGCAGUUAACUAUAUUAUCUAUUCCGACUAG